GAGCUAUCAGUUGACGACCCUGAUGCCGCGCCGAGCUUCACACGGUACUGCUUUGGUGUUGAGGGUUGGCAACAUCCGCGUCAAGAUUACCCGCCCCACCCGGAACCAGAACUGGCUCCGUCACCGAACCUCGCGCGUCAUCGGUUACCCAUCCUCGGCCGCGUUGCGAAAGCACAUUUCCUCCAGCGUCCAGGAAUAGCACGUAUCCGAUACCGGUAAAUCCCGACAAAGAUUCGCGUUGCAAUACAUUUAUCGCGCAUACAAUUGACCACUUAUCUUUGUAUUUACACUCACAAUGGAGUCCUCUUCUCGGUUGCUUCUUACCCUUCCGUUACGCAUAUGCGCCAAUCGACCCAUACCCGCACAACUGCGCGCCGCGCGAUACGUCGACAGCAGAUGGAGAUUCGCGUCGCAAAAGAGGUUCAAGACCAUCCCUGCGUCGCGGGAACCUAGAAUCGACCGUUCUCGUUCGAAGGUGUGGCAGUCCGCAGACGAGGCUGUCGCAGAUAUUCAAUCGGGGUCGACUGUGCUCAGCGCUGGAUUCGGACUAUGCGGUGUCGCAGACACUCUGAUACACGCCAUCAAGAACAGGGGCGCGAAAUCGCUACAUUCACUCACCGCCGUGUCAAACAACGCUGGCAUCGAAGACGUGGGCGGGCUGGCUCUGAUUACGAAGUCUGGGCAGGUCAAGAAGCUCAUUAUCAGUUUCCUGGGGAACAACAAAGCUUUGGAGAAGCAAUACCUAUCCGGUGGCAUCACAAUUGAGCUAUGUCCGCAGGGUACAUUGGCGGAACGGAUACGAGCGGCGGGUGCAGGCAUCCCAGCCUUCUAUACCCCAACUGCAGUCAAUACUCUAUUGCAGGAUGGUAAGAUACCGGCACAACAUGACAGCGAAGGAAACGUGAUUGGAUAUGGGACGCCGCGCGAGGUUCGCGAUUUCAACGGCCGAACUUACUUGAUGGAGACUGCAUUAUCUGGUGACGUUGCCAUACUAAGGGCAUGGAAAGCUGAUGAGCAGGGCAACUGUGUCUUUAGGUAUACUACGAAAGCUUUCGGGCCUAUCAUGGCCAAAGCCGCGCGCCUGACCAUCGUCGAAGCCGAGGAAAUCGUGCCGGUCGGAUCACUCAGCCCGAACGAGAUCCACUUACCUGGAAUUUUCGUGAACCGGAUUGUCCCAGCCACCGCGCCGAAGAACAUUGAGAUCAAGAAACUUCGCGACCCGAAAGACGAUGGCAAGCCAUCCAAACAAAACGAAGAUGCCAUGCGUCGAAACCGGAUCGCGCGGCGAGCGGCCAAGGAGCUCAAGCAUGGAUACUACGUCAACUUGGGAGUCGGUAUCCCUACAAUGGCAGCAAGCUUCGUUCCCGAGGGCACAAAAGUGUGGCUGCAGAGCGAGAACGGUAUCCUCGGCAUGGGGCCGCAUCCCACAGAGGAAGAAAUGGACCCCGACAUCAUCAAUGCGGGCAAGCAGACGGUCACGCUACUCCCCGGCGCCUCCACAUUCGACAGCGCCGAAUCAUUCGGUAUGAUCCGCGGUGGUCACGUCGAUGUGUCUAUUCUCGGCGCUCUUCAGGUCAGCACAUCUGGCGAUCUUGCCAACUACAUGAUCCCCGGCAAGGUUUUCAAGGGCAUGGGUGGUGCGAUGGAUCUUGUGGGCAAUCCUGAUGCUACAAAGGUCGUUGUGGCUACAGAGCAUGUGGCCAAAGAUGGCAGCAGCAAGAUUGUACAGGAUUGCAAGCUGCCGCUCACAGGUGCCAAGUGCGUCAGCACUAUCAUUACGGAUAUGUGUGUGUUUCAGGUGGACAGGGAAAAUGGUGGACUGACUUUGACGGAGGUGGCCGAGGGAGUCACUGUAGAGGAUGUGAAGAGCAAGACGGAUGCGAAGUUCACUGUCGCAAAGGAUUUGAAGAACAUGGAAGAGUGGUAAGGUCGAAUUGGCAUUAGCGCUAUCAGAUUUGCUUGUAAAUAAAUAGAUGGAAGC